CUCAACGUUUAGCUGCGCCACUGUUUCUGUCACGACCAGUCGACAGAUCCACCCACACGGGCGUUUUUUUUGGAGCGAAUAAUAUAAAGAUAAAGCUUAUUGUGAAAUAUUUAGUGGCAGGCCUAUGCUAUAGGACUUUAUGGUGUUUCUUUAGUAAUGAGGUAACUACGAAAAUUGUAGGCGUAUCUAGGAACCAGUCCAAAACACUCAAAAGGAGCGGAACAAGGAUAUCCACUCCCUCUCAGACUUGCUGGGAAAGCAGGUUAUUUGAGGACCAAACGACAGACCAUGGAAGAUAGCCCUCAGCGGGCUGUGCAAGGCCUGGGCUCCUUCCCGUGGUAUGUGGGGGGGACUCAGGUUCUGGGUCUGGCCUGUGUGGUGAUCACGGGCGUGUGGAUGGGCAGCUAUCAUGGAGGCUACGCCUGGGAUGGUUCAGGACAGGAGUUCAAUGUACAUCCCCUCUGCAUGGUCCUGGGCCUGGUCUUUCUCUAUGGAGAUGCGAUCCUGGUGUACAGAGUAUUUAGGAAUGAAAGCAAACGCAACGUCAAGGUUCUCCAUGCUGUGCUCCACCUUCUUGCCCUCAUUAUCAGCAUAGUGGGUAUCGUGGCUGUGUUUGACUUCCAUAAUCAUAACAAGAUCCCCAACAUGUACUCCCUCCACAGCUGGUGUGGCAUGCUCACCUUUGUUCUCUUCUCUGUACAGUGGCUGAUGGGGCUUGGUUUCUUCCUCUUCCCUGGGACGUUAAUGGCGCUGCGGAGCUGGUACCUGCCACUACAUGUCUUCUUUGGGCUGGCCAUGCUCGCCAUGUCCCUAGCCACCUGCCUAUUAGGCAUUUCAGAGAAAUUGUUUUUCAGUAUCCAACACACAUAUUCACAGUUUGCCCCAGAGGGGAUCCUUGGUAACAUGCUAGGACUGCUGCUAGUAGCAUUUGGGAUUCUGGUAGGCUACGUGGUGACACGUGAGGACUUCAGGAGACCCCCGCACCCAGAGGAAGAGGCUUUAUCUGUGCACUUUAAGACCCUGACUGAGGGGCGAGGGAGCCCCACCUCACCUUAAACCAGGAAACACUCCUGUGUGCUCAGGCUUUUAUUUAAAACAUGUUAUUUUUUUUAAAAUCUGGUGUAUAUGAGCUGGGCUGGAACAAAAGCCUACACACCCAGUAUCUCUCCAGGACCAGCUGGACAUCUGGCUGAUGAUGCUGCCUUUAUUUCAUGUCACAUCGAGCUGUUCUACACCCCCUUUUGAUGAAAUGGAGGUAUGACAGGAUUUAUUUGACUGCUGCCACAGAUUAGUGCCAUAUUAGGGCUCUAAAAACAAAAUAGCCUUUGCUAAGUGUUCGGUGAGGACAAAGCCAGUUAGUUGUGCCUUCAUCUAGGGUAGUAGGGUUAUACUUUGUUUAACAAGGAGUAACUUCCAAGUUUGUGAUAAAUGAAGGAGUUGUGCAGUUCAUUCAGGAAUAUGUUCAUUAUAUUGUUAUGUUCAUCAAAAUAUUGAAUGAAUCUGUUGGCAGUGUUGAAUUUAUGAUAAAGGAUGCACAAAGUUGUAACUGAACAAUGCCUGGAUUGUUGGGGUUGAAUUACCCCUAGGCACUCUUGAAGCAGCUUCUUCACCAGGGAUUCCCAAGCCCCCCCCCCCCCCAGAAGUUUCACCCCUAAAGCACAUCUGGCUUGGUUCCUUGACUAAUUGAAUCAGGUGUGCCAGUUAAAAUGUCUGUGAGGGCCCUAGGAGAGAGUUGGGAAACCUGCUACCACCUAUCCAAUAGUUUCAGGCAAUUGGAUUAUAUUUUAGCAUUGGGUAUUUCAAAACAGAAAAUUACCCAAUCAAGAUUAAAAGUGAUUAGGAUACUCUGUAGAGCAUUGCGCUUGUAGGAUAGUGGGUUCGAUUCCCGGGACCACCCAUAUGUAAAAAAAUAAAUGUAUGCAUAACUAAGUCGCAAAUUUUGAUCACACUUGAUGGGUGGAAGGCACUACAACCAAGACAUUUUGAAGGUGGGGAGGUUUAAACGUUCCUUUUGUUAAAUCAACUGCAGUAUAGGUAUGUGGUCAGUAAUAUUGAGAAGUGUCAAAUAAAUGCAUGUUCUGUGAUAUGCAAACAUUUUAUCUUAGUUACUUUGUUUCACUAUGACAGUGUAGAAGUAGUCAUGACCUGUAGAGGGCAAGGUGUAGGCCUACUCAAAAUCCUGUGAGUGUAAUAUUGCAGGAACUCAUCUUUUUUUGGAAAACCCCCCAGCUCAAUUGAUAUCUUGAUUUACAGAAUCAUUUUUCUGGGGUCAAUUUGGUAAUAAAUGUAAAAUGCUCAGAGCUAGUGUAAUAGAAGGGAGUUAAUUGGAUUUAAAGCUGCUUAUAUCUGUGUCGAUGGUUUUGGUGUGUCGAUGGUUUUGGUGUAUGAAUGUUAUGUAUUGUAAUUUGCUUUGUUCAAAGCAUCUACUUGUCCGAAUAAUUGAACUAAGAUUACUUGAUUCAAUAUCGCUGCCUCUUUUUACUUGUGGAAACUUGUUCUAUACAAUUAUUAAACCUAUAUUGCCUUCCUAUUACUUAUUAAAGAUGCAUGACUCAA